GGCAGCUGCCAGUGGGAAGCUCCUCACAUCAGCCAGUUAAGAUAUUAUUCGGAAUAAAAAAAACCCGAGCUAACUGAGCUGGCAGAUGUUGUGUCUCGCUGUCAGAGCCGUGAUGGAGUAAACAACCGGCACCGGGGGGGGACAAACUUGAGAUCUGAUCUGGAUGGAACCGACGGGUCUACGAGACGUUUUCAAAUGUAUAACACUAUCCAUUGCAGCAAUGGAGGAUAUUGGUCUCCAUCCCAAACCCACCAAUGACCCCCCUGUUCACAGACCCACAGUCACUGAGACUUUUGGGCUGCACCACAUCCCACCAGACCAUCUGCACGUCACUGAUGCAAACAGAAAGUCUGAUGGACCGUCCAAAAAAAGAUCCCACUCGGUGAUGACUGCACAGCCACAGAUGAUUGCCCAGUUUCCCUCACAGAACGCAGGUCCUCUGGGUGUCGACGGUGCAUUCCUUAACACAGCUGCUAAAAAUGGAAACACUAAUCUGGAAAAGGCAGGGGCUGGCAGAAAAAAACCCAAAGCCAAACUCGGAGAUCCAUCAAAGUGGAAGCAAAACAAGCAGAAACAGCUGAGGAUGGAGGGUAAAGCGUACCAAAGCAAACGCAAAAGAGAUGGCGAGAUUGUGACAAAACAGCCAAGAGCAGUGGGACCCAGGUGCACCUCGAAUGCCUGCAAAAAGGCAUCAAACAGGCUUUGUAAUGAAAUCAAUGAAGAUACCAGAAAGAAGGUUUUUGACGAUUUCUGGCAGCACAUGAACUGGGCUCAGAGAAAACAAUACGUAGCAGGACAGGUUGACUGCGACCCCGUGGAGAGAUCUCGGGCGGUGGGGUCACAGUCGAGGAGAUCGGUUUCACUCCGUUAUCACUUAAUGGUGGAUGGCAAAAGGAAACAAGUGUGUAAAAACAUGUUCCUGUCCACUCUGGGGAUAGGAGAGUGGUCUGUGCUCAACUGGGCACAGAAACGAGCAACACAGAAGCCUGAAUCAAAUGAGAACAAAUUAGAAAAGAGGCAGGUUGUCCCCCAGGGCCCACAGCAGAACCCUACUUCUUCUGCAGUCAGUAAUAUCGCGGAGGUUAACCAGGAACAAGUGAAUGCCACUGACAAAGACAAGAACAGGGCACAAGAACCAGAGGGGCCGUCCAGAAAGAAAUCCAGAGUUGCCAAGCCGCUAACAUGGAAGCAAAAUCGACAAAAGCAACUUAGGAUGGAGGGCAAACCGUACAUCAGCAAACGAAAGAAAGACGGCACAACCAUAACAAAAGCUCAGAGGGCAAUCGGACCGAGGUGCACAUCCAGUGCUUGCAAAAGGGCAUCCAACCGCUUCUGUGCUGACUUCAGUGAAGAAACAAGGAACAAGCUGUUUACUAGUUUCUGGCAGUGUAUGAACUGGCCUCAGAGAAAGAUCUAUGUGGCGGGAUUAGUCGACUGCGACCCGGUGGAAAGAACCCGAGCACCAUGGACUCAGUCGAGAAGAUCAGUCUCGAUGCGGUAUCAUUUGUUAGCUGACGGUGACAGAAAACAAGUGUGCAAAAAAAUGUUCCUCUCCACUUUGGGGAUUGGAGAGUGGUCAGUGCUUAACUGGGCACAAAAUGUAUCCGAGCAGGACAAUUCAGAGGAAAACACCAAGAAGAAAACGCAGAGGAAGUCCCGUAAAGCUUCAGAGCAUGUUGUCCUGAAGGAGUUCCUCGAGAGUUUACCCAAAGUGCCCUCAUACUGCUGCGGGACAUCCAUCUCCAAGCUGUAUCUGGAGCCAGUCUUCUCAAACAUGUCCGAGGUGUACAGGCACUACUACAACCACUGCUUAGAGAAGAUGACGACGCCGCUCUCUCGGCAGGUUUUCUGUGCUGUAUUUAAAAAGAUGGAUUUGGGAUUGUGCGACCCCAAAAAGGAUCAGGGGUGUUCUUUUGGUGCGACAGGAAAUUUAUUUAAUGAGCUUUGGGAGGAAUACUGCAUGGAACGGGGAGCUCCGGGGCCACAGCAAGAGAAAGCCAGUAACCAGUAGAAAGGGAUUAAGGACAAAAAGGACAAGCUGUGUGUUACUCCAUGAUCAUGAUCAUAUAAAUGUUGAGUUUAACUCUAAGACUUUGCCACCAUGACUGUACUUAAUGAUCUCAUGUUUCAUUAAAUCCUGUAGACUGCUUCUUCCAGGCUCACACUAUCUGAAGCAAUCCAGUAGUCUUCAUGCAGAUGCACAGUUGCACAUUAGAAUUAUAUAAGUACUACACUCAUUUUGUUUUUGUGAUGCAGAAGACUGUGCUUAAAAUGUAAGGUAUUUGGAGAUAAUUUGUCAACAGUGAGUUCAAGACUAAAGCAAAUCAUUUGUCUUAAUAUGUGUAUGAAAAAAAACCUAAAACAUUUAUCUGUUCAUCUACUGCUUGGAAUUUGUGAAAGGUCAAAGUCAAAUGCCCGUAAAGGAUUCACAACACUGCAGACUGCUCAAGUUCUUAUUUAUUUCACUCUGUGCUUGGGAACAAGCCAUUUGGGC